AUGCCGACGGCACCACCCUCCUUAACGUUCAAUGUUUCAAUCUUGAACAUGUUGGAGCACGUUCUUCCACACGCCCUCAAGAUCCCGGCCAUCGAGAGGCUAAAGGGAAAGAAGAUUAUACUCGCCUCGAAUAGCCCAAGAAGAAAGGAAAUACUUCGCACUUUUGGAUUGGCUCCAGAGAUAGUCCCAUCGACAUUUGCAGAAGAUCUGCUUAUCAGUGAUUUCUCAGAACCCCAUGAAUAUCCUGUCGCAACUGCAACGCAUAAAGCCGUCCAGGUCUACGAGAAACUCGUCGAGGAAAACCCGGAGGAAGCUCCCGAUCUUGUCAUCGGAGCUGACACCAUUGUCUUGACCCACCCUCAACCUGUGACUUCCGACACGUCAUAUUCGUUGUUGCCUUCGCAUAACCAAGAACUGCUGGAGAAACCAUCUUCUAAAGAAGACAAUCUUCGAAUGUUGCUGGAUAUGAAUGGGAAUGUUUGCGAAGUUGUUACGGGUCUGGUGGUCGUCUACCCGGUUCUCAGUGCUCCAGGGUACAUGAUCAAGUCAAUAGACGAACGCUCUCUUGUCUAUUUUGCGGACAGCCCAAAGCAUAUCGUCGAAGCUUACGUUGAGAGCGGAGAGGGCAUUGAUCGUGCUGGCGGAUUUGCUAUUCAAGGCUUAGGUGGAAUCUUGAUUCGUAAGAUCGAAGGAGACUACAAUAACGUGGUUGGCUUUCCCGCGGCGUCGUUUUUCAAGCUGCUGGAUAUGUUAGUUGAGGAAGAUGAGGACUUUUUAUCGAUUUGA